CAAUAAUUGAUUUGUUAAAAUUAUCUUCACAUCUCCUAUAUCAGAAGCGAGAAUACCAGCCUCUCUCUUUUAUCGUUCUUUUCUUGCCUUUGUCCAACUGAUUCCCUGCUUUCGACUGCCAAACCCAUAACCAUAUGGCCCUGGAAUUGUCCUCCCUAAUUGCUAUUUUGGAAAACGUAUUUGACAGACUGGAGUCCAGAGAGUUGCUGGAUCGUUCACCAUGUCUGGGGGUAGCUUCACAGCUGGGAAAGUUGAAAAUACUUUUAAUGAAGAUUAAAUCAGUCCUCGUCGAUGUAGAGACGCAGCAACUCAAAAAGGAACUGAUAUCGUGUCUGGACGAUUUACUGGACUUGGUUUAUGAUCUGGAUGACAUGCUGGACGAGUUUACGACUGAUAUUUUAGGGCGUGAGCUGAUGGCUGAACGUUAUUUUAGCAUUAGCAAGGUGCGUAAACUUAUCCCUGCUUAUUUUACUGAUUUGACUCCAAAUAUCCAUAUGGCGUCCAAGAUAGAAUAUAUCACUCACCAAUUUGAAGCACUCGUCUAUCUUGGAGAACGAAUGAUUUCUAGAAAGAGAUCAACUGCUGUACCCCUCAAACCUGGAGAACAAAUGAUUCCUAGAGCGACAUCAACUGUUGUACGGACAAGACCACUCCCCACAUAUUUCCCUAUAAAUUCUGGUAUUUAUGGGAGAGAUGAAGAUAAAGCCAAGAUACUUGAAAUGGUGUUAAGUGACGAACUAAGUUUUAGUAUUAUAAGCAUUGUUAGGAUGGGAGCAAUUGGUAAAACAAGGCUAGUUCAGGAGGUCUACAACGACAAGGCUUUGGAAGGUUUCGAUAUGAGAGCAUGGGUAGAUGUCUCUUAUGGCACUGAUAUUCAACAAAUUUGCAAGCAGCUUCUCCAGCAGAUCACUUUAUCAUCUCGCAGGAUCUAUGGAUUACAAGAAUUACUAAUUGCACUGGCAAAAGCUGUAGCUGGAAAAAAAUUCUUGUUUGUCUUUAUGAAUGAUUGAAGAAUAAUGAUAUACAUGUGGAAAUGUUGCAAAUUGAGGAAUGUCAUUCUCUAACAUUUCUUACGAGAGGUCACCUACCUCCAUUUCUAGAACAACUCUCUCUAAUAAAUUGUAAGAAAUUGGACGGGUUGUUGGAUGAUAAAAAGGACACUUUCUCGUUUUCCACUUCAUCGGUGCAUGAUGAGGAUGUUACACUUGCCAGUACAAAUCUUCUUGAGUAUUUGUAUAUCUCCCAAUGCCCAUCUCUCACUUUUCUAUCAUCAAGGGACCAGUUAUUUAUUGGACUGAAACACCUUGAUAUUCGAGAUUGUUCGGGGCUUAGAACUUUGUUAUUGCAAGGUCAGUUACCCACAACACUGGAGCACCUGGAGAUUUCAGGUUGCUCAGAGCUUAUCAGGUUGUCAACUAAUGGUCUGUUACCUAAGAUGCUUAAACACCUGGACAUCGCUGAUUGUCCAAAGUUAAAGUCCAUAGCAAAGAGCUUCGACAAAGGCACGUUUGUUGGAUUUAUCCAGAUCAAGAACUGUAAAAAUCUUGAAUUCAUACCUGAGGGUAUACAUAAUCUGGAUAGUCUCCAUACAAUGUAUGUACAAGAUUGUCCUAGUCUUGUCUCCUUUCCUUCAAAAGGCUUUCCCAACACCAACUUAACUGUGUUAUCAAUUGAGAGGUGUGAGAAACUUACAGCUUUACCCAGCAGGCUGCAAAACCUCCACUGUCUUCAACAAUUAGUAACACGGCAGUGUCCAAGUAUCAUGUCCAUUCCCAAGGAAGGCUUCCCUGCCAAUCUAACCUCACUUUCAAUUGCUGAUGUCAGUCUGUAUAAUUCACUGUUUGAAUGGGGUCUGCAUAAUCUCACCAGUCUAAGAUACCUUGAGAUUAGGGGAUGCCUAGAUGCAAUUUGUUUUCCGAUAGAGGAAAUGAGUAUGGUGCUUCCAACCUCUCUAACUCAACUGACUAUUAGAGGAUUCCCAAAAUUGAAAUAUUUAUCAUCUAGGGGUUUUGAGACCCUUAAGUCUCUUGAAGAACUUUCCAUUAGUGAUUGCCCGGAGUUGUCAUCCUUUCCAGAAAGUUUGCCAUCCUCACUUCUGCAAUUGUAUAUUUCUAAUUGUCCUUCGCUGAAAAAGCACUGCAGAAGGAAUAAAGGACAAGAGUGGUCUAAGAUUGCUGAUAUUCCUCGUGUCAGAAUAGAUUAUGAAUUCAUCUACGAUACAUAGCAAGAAAAUCAUCUCUCUGAUAUGAUAAAAGUUCAACCCCCCAAUGCAAAUUUAUCAAUGCCGAUACCCGGACGAUGGUUUGAGAAGCUGGGUUCCAAUAUUGUGAACCAUCAGGAUACGAUGCCAAAACAUUGGAGGUCAGUACAUAGCAGUACCAGUUCACAGGCAUUGCUGCGUGGCAUUGCUUUCAUCUCUGUUCUGGAAGUUAGUCGCUCCGCCUGAUUGAUCUUUAUAUAAGCUGUUGUUGGUGAAAGCUGGGAUUGCAUCAGUUCUUUUUGAAAUGAGGUGUCUGAAAGGUAAAUUUGUGGACUUGUUUAAAGUGUGACAAUUGAAUGCCUUAAUGUGUAUGCAUUUACAUAUACAGACUAAAGAGGCUUUAUGUGAUUGACAAGGCAUUGAAUUUUUCUUUACUGAAGGGAGGUUGUGAUUGCAGAGGCAUAAAAUUUUCCCUUUCUAAUGAAAGCACAUUGUCUCACACCUUCAUAUUGACCAUCUGAGUUAUUGGGAUGGUUGUGAGCCCAUCUUUGUCUUUGUCGAGACAAAAAUUAAACUGUCGCUUACCUAGCAGGACAACAUCCAGUUAUUUAAGUAUAAUUCAGCCUUCUCUGACUAGUUUGCUUUGGUUUUGCAUUUUUUAUUCCAACUUCAUCUCACACUAGUUCUAUGUUGUUGUGGUACAACUUUAGAAAGCUCCUUGGUCCUGGAGGGACAACGCUGAGUGAGUAGAAGUGAUUACAGAGCGAACAGAGUAGCCUGUUCUGGGAAAACAGCAUGGCAAUAUUAUGGAUACAUCGAGUUUUUCUGGCAGGAUAUCCUUUAACAUGAUCACCAUGCGGAUAAUUGGAGUCGAAUCAGUAAGACAAGCAGAGAUAAAGCUACGCACCUUGCUAAUGCUAAAAUAACGCUUGGCCAUCAGCUCACGCCGUAAAUCACCUGUUGCAAGCUCAUCCAGUAUGUCAUCCACAUCAUAAGCCAAGUCCAGUAAAUCGUCCAGCCACAAUUUCAGAGCUUCAUUGGGCUGCUGCUUCUCUACAUCGACGAGGACUGCUUUACUGUGCCUCAAACCCAGAACGUGCUCUACAUAGGACGCAUCCACAAAAUACGUGAAUGCCGUCUGCCAAGUAUCACUCCCAAAACAUUAGAUACAUUAGAAAGACGAUGAGAUGAGAGAGCUUCUAAAACAGGAGAUUUGAAGACUGAGAUUUACCUUCUGGAAAUUGGAAUCAUAUACACAAAAUUUGGUAGAUGUUGCAGUUCUAGAAAUUGUAGUUUUGCAAAUGGGAUUAUAUUGCCAAUCAUCUUUGGAAAUUCACCCAACUUCUUUGCAUUGAUUAUUUCUUCCAUGCCGGCACAAUGUGACACUACAAUAUAAGUUUGUCAGGUCCUUCAAUCUUGAGCAUGAGCUUAUAUUGACCACAUGAACGCUUUUAAAUCCGGAAGGUCUUCAUGCUCUUUGUACUCUUUUUGCAUAGUCAAUCUUCAAUUCUUCCAAAUAUAUACAAUCCAUGAUUCAUAUCCGUGGACAAAACUUUGAGAUUGCGUAGCAAUCUUUGUGAGCUCAAAAACUUUCGAGCUUUGUAGUUAGGUGAGUUCAAAACCCUAGUUUUUAUUUUUAGUAACAGAGACUUGAAUUCAGGUAUUUUUCUUAGAAAUGUGGCCUUA